CAGCACUUGCCUGAUCAGCUGUUAAAAUUGUAAACAUGGCAAUGGUGGCCUUGUGCCGUAUUUGUAUUCUGUGGAACCCAGGAAUGCGAUUUCCCAUAUGUGGAUGUGGUGUCUUUCUAUACUGACAAAAAAGUUCAACGCGGAGACUCAUUUCCUGAAACCAUUUGCGUGAUGUGCCUCGAGGAUGCUCGAAAAUCCUGGCAGGCCUGCCAAGGAAGUCGGAAAGAAGUCUUAAAAAUCUAAGAAUUCCACAAUAAGAUGCAGCUUCCCGAAGAAGACCCAUUAGGACGAGUCUUCGGUACUCCAGACCGCCGAAAAAAGGAAGAGGAUUUACUGGAGGAGGAAGUAUGCAAGGUUCCGGACUAUGAGCGAGAAGAAUCAAGAGUAAAGGAGGAACAAGUCGAAGAAGACGUAUCACAUUUUAACAAGGCUCCACCAGUUCACGUCCAAGUAAAGCACGUACCAAUUGAGAAUGAAUUGUUCGACAAGGAAGACAGCCAAGAAUCAGAAAGUACGGCUAGUCCCAUAGAUUGCUUGAUAAAAAAGGAGCCAGUUGAGGACGAAAUGUUUGAGGAUGAAGCUUGCACGAUAGGAGUUGACCCAGAAGAUUACAAGUCCUUGCUGUCCGAAUCCGAUUGCCAACAUUCCACCCGCACCUGUAAAAAGUCCUUCCAAUGCGACACUUGCAGUUCGUAUUUUGGCUCACCGUCUUCUCUGGACUCGCACUUUCUCACGCACGAGCAACGACCCCACAAUUGCACUUAUUGCCAAAAGUAUUUCACUGACGAAUGCAGCCUUAAGGACCAUAUUGCGACCCACAAUCGACAGCACAAGUGCUCCCACUGUCCGAAGUCCUUCCUCACCACCUACGACCUUAGAAGGCAUACCCGGAUCCACACAGGAGAGCGGCCCUACUCCUGUGACCACUGUCCAAAGACCUUCUCGGAUAAGACAGCCUUGACGUCGCACUUGAGGACGCACAAGGGCGAACGGCCCUUUAAGUGCCCCGACUGUCCGAUGUCCUUUUCGCAGCAGUGCAAUCUUCAGAGGCACAUCCGCUGUCACACGGGUGAACGACCUUUCACGUGUGCCUUUUGCUCCAAAUCCUUCACACAACAGUCCAAUCUUGGCCUGCACAUGCGAGCCCACUCCGGAGAACGUUUCCAAUGCUCUCUCUGCUCCAAAUCCUUUGCCUAUAAUAACGAUCUUAAGCGACACUUGCGCACUCAUUCCCAGGAAAAAGUCCAGUGCUCCUUUUGCCCAAAACUAUUCGCAACCAGCAGAACUCUGGCUAAGCACCUGGAAAAAGUACACGAAAAUGUAUAAACAAUUAGUAUAAUAAAUGAAAAUAUUUGGUAAAAAAAAUGUUGUGUUCCCCAAAAAAAGUUAUUUAAAUUUUAUAUCCUUCAACAGGUGAGGGAUAUCGAUUUUCGAUAAGCAGAUUCAAAUUUCAUAGUCCCUAAGAGAUUAAACUAACUACA